AUGGACGUUCGUCAAGGAUGCCGUGAAAGGAAUGCAAUUGUUGCAGCACCCAAAGAUGCCCUGCAAAAUGCGUUUAUACGAAAAGUCUACAACAGUGGAGUUUAUGGUGAGGAAUACAGACCAUACUGGAUCGGUGUUCGUAAGAUUAAUGGCACGUGGAUGAUACCAGUAAAGGACGAACCAUUCGGAUACACUCCGGUCACUUUUACGAAUUGGGGACCGUCACAACCAGAUGGCUGCUGUUGGAAUGAUGUUACCUGUGUCGUGGUGAAUCGUCGGAACUAUUUGGGGGAAUGGGAUGAUCAGGGCUGCAACAGCUAUGUGGGAUACGCUGGCGCUGUUUGCCAGAAGCAACCACUGUGA